CACACGGCAACUUUUUGGAGCGGCAGAACAACCAAUUCCCAGCAUAUCUCAAAGCCGGCCUCGAUCAUACAGCCCCUCACAGCUUUAAACAACAACUGGGAUUCAUCCAUCACUCCCAUCAGUCCUCUACCAAAACAAUUGUCAGCACCAACGCAACAACAACAACACGCCAUGCAGCUGCACCGGGCGCUUCCCGUGCGCCUGCAACCCAGCAUCCCAAGUCGGAACACCAGCCAUGCCACAAUACUCUCGACCGCUACUACUCGUCUUUGCCCCUCCAGCCAGCCCUCAAGGCCAGCCUCGAUCUCUACCACUACUACUAUCACAACCUCGCAAACACCACCACGACGAGCCACACAAACAAGACAUUCCUCCUCCUCGACCUUGCCACGGCCCGCCGACCUUCUUCACCACUCGACAGCCCACGACAGAAUACACGCCUGCCCUUCUCUUUCUUCUUGUUCUUCUUCUCGUUCACGUUCUUACCCCCCGACAACAACACCAACAACCGCCACGAGAAGCAGCAGGAGCAGGAUAGGCCCAGGGCCCUUUGCCCCGACGCCCUCCCUGCAGAAACAGAUGCCCCAGCGGCCCAAGCCGCCCCCGGACGAGGAAUUCGAAGAGUACUUCCUCAAGGGCAGCGGUCCGGGCGGCCAGAAGAUCAACAAAACAAACAGCGCAGUCCAGCUCCUCCACAAGCCCACGGGAAUCGUCGGCAAGUCUCAGGCAACACGCUCCCGGUCUCAAAACAGGACGAUAGCCCGCCAACUGCUCGCCGACAAGCUCGACGCGCUCCACAACGGCCAAGAGAGCCGCGCCGCCAUCGUCGGCUCCGUCAAGGCGAAGAAGAAGGCCAGCUCGGCCAAGAAGAGCCGCCGAAAGUAUCGCAAGCUGGCCGAGGAAGGACAGGCACCCCAGCAAGAGGGCGUUGGGCCAGGACAAGGUGCCGCAACGGCUAUUGCGGGUGAUGGGACGACUGAUAACGCGGCCAACGAUUCAAGCACAAUUCAGAGGACCUCGUAAAUCAUAGAGAAUACA